AUGGCAAGUAGCAAAUUUGUGGUUGAGGUCCAUUUUGGGGGUAGGUUUGACUGGAGUUUUGGUUGUGUGUAUUUGGGUGGUGAAAUUGAAGUGCACAAAGUUAGUGUUGACCUUGAUAAACUAUCAUACUUUGAAAUUGAAAAUAUAUGUAAAGAAUAUGGCUAUAAGGCAGAGGAUUUAAUGUAUUUUAAAGACCCUGCAAAGAGUCUUGCUGAUGGCUUGCAUUUAAUUACUUAUGGCCAUGACGUGCUCUUCCUGUCUUAUCGCCAUACUGGGCAUGUCAUUUUGGAAUUAUACAUUGUGACUUUUGGGGAUGGAGGAGAUGAUGAAGAGGAUAGUGAAGAAGAUGAGGAAUAUGGAGACUUAUUUGAUGUUGAUGUGGGUGCUGGUUGGGGUGAUGGUGGGGCUGGACCCUCUAAUGUACAACCUGAUAAUCCUAACGUUAAACAAGGUAAUGAAGAGGGUAAUGAAUGGGGUAAUGAUGAGAGUAGUGAAGAGGGUAGUAAUAAUGAUAGUGAAGAUGAUGUGGACCACACUGAAGCUGGUCAUGCUGGUAAGCUUGUAAGUGGUGAAAAUUUGAAAAGAACAUUUGAAGAGGUUGAAGAUGUUGAUGAUGACGACACUAACUCUGAUAUGGGUAGAAGUGACAUAUUUGUUUCACCAGUAGCUAGUGAUGAAGAAGUUGAAAUACCCUCUGCUAGAAGGUCUGAGUUCCAUUCAAUUGACCUUGGGGAUCCAACUUUGGAACUUGAGAUGAAAUUCUCAAAUAUACAGACAUUCAGGGAGGCUGUUAGGGUGUUCAAUCUAAAAAGGGGGAAGGACAUUACCUUUAAAAGAAAUGAGAGACAAAAUUAUAUUAUUAGAUGGAGGGUAGAUGUAAAUCCAAGCAUGAUGUAUAGGGCAAAAAGCAAGGCUAAUAGAAAGAUAUAUGGCAAGCAAGAGGGUCAGUACGCGAGGUUGUGGAACUAUUGUGAGACCUUGAGAGCAACCAACCUAGGAAGUUGUGUUGAGAUGAAAGUGGAUAGGCCAGUACCCGAGGUGAAUCCAAGGUUUCUAAGACCAUAUUGUUCUUUGGCAGCCAUGAAGAAGGGCUUUAUGGAAGGUUGCAGGCCUGUGAUAGGAGUGGAUGGGUGCUUCCUUAAAGGGCCAUUUAAGGGGCAACUCCUAGCUGUAGUUGGGCGCGAUGGAAAUAAAAACAUGUAUCCAAUUGCAUAUGCCGUACUCGAAGUUGAGACUAAGGACAUCUGGAUUUGGUUUUUGGAAACCCUAGUGUCUGAUCUUGGGUCACAUUGA